CGGGCCGGACCGGGCCGUGUCGGGUUGGGCUGGGCCGGGCCGGGCCGGGGCCGUGUCGGGCCGGGCCGCCGCCCGCCUCGGCCAUGUCCGGCGGGCCGUGCCGCCCGGGUGCAGCGGAGCCGGGCGGGCUGCGCAGUUCUGUGCAACAUCCACACUGCUGGCAUCAAGAGCAGGAACAUAGAAGCUGCAAUGAUUCCGAUUCUCUGGUGUUGGAGGAAUAUCAAUGUUGCCAUUCAGACCAGUGGCUGGAGAGCUCUACAACAUCAGAGCAUUCUAGGCUGCUUUCCAGUUGCCCCAGCUGGGAAGGUGGAACUGAAGAAGGCAAAACAAUGAGAACAUCAAAUAAAAAAAUUACAAACAACUCUGCCAAUCCAGCUGAAAGGGAAACUGAUGAGGUGGUCCUGAGGAGAAGACAAAAGCAGAUCAAUUUUGGCAAGAAUACCCUGGCAUAUGACAGAUACAUUAAAGAAGUUCCAAAGAACCAGCGACUUCCAGGGGUUCACCCCACAACUCCCAACAAGUUCAAGAAGUACAGCCGCAGGUCCUGGGACCAGCAGAUCAAGCUGUGGAAGAUAGCACUGCAUGCCUGGGAUCCUCCUGCUGAAGAAACCUGGGAUCUGCAGCCUGUCAGUACAGAACCUUCAGGUAGUUCCCAGGAAUGGUGCUGCAAAGAUGAGGAUGUUCCUGGCACCUUUGUGUUUGAGGAAGAGCGGACAAGAAAUGAGUGUGAAGAUGAAUGCAGACAGACUGCCUACACACCAGAGAGUUCCUGUUCUCCCAAUUCUUCUCCAGUAUGGAAACGCAGAAGAAGAAACAAUUCUGACUCCUCUGCGGUUUCAGAGAGCAAAAACCAUUAUCUGCAGAUGUGCCACACUCUGGAAAGCCUUACUGACUCAGGACAUCAGGACGCUUUUUCAAAGUGCUCAGAGUGGGAAGCCUUUGGUGGAAAAGAUGAAGUAAUGACAGUGCAACAAAGUCUAGAAAUAGCCAGUUCUGUGCAACAUCCACACUGCUGGCAUCAAGAGCAGGAACAUAGAAGCUGCAAUGAUUCCGAUUCUCUGGUGUUGGAGGAAUAUCGAUGUUGCCAUUCAGACCAGUGGCUGGAGAGCUCUACAACAUCAGAGCAUUCUAGGCUGCUUUCCAGUUGCCCCAGCUGGGAAGGUGGAACUGAAGAAGGCAAAACAAUGAGAACAUCAAAUAAAAAAAUUACAAACAACUCUGCCAAUCCAGCUGAAAGGGAAACUGAUGAGGUGGUCCUGAGGAGAAGACAAAAGCAGAUCAAUUUUGGCAAGAAUACCCUGGCAUAUGACAGAUACAUUAAAGAAGUUCCAAAGAACCAGCGACUUCCAGGGGUUCACCCCACAACUCCCAACAAGUUCAAGAAGUACAGCCGCAGGUCCUGGGACCAGCAGAUCAAGCUGUGGAAGAUAGCACUGCAUGCCUGGGAUCCUCCUGCUGAAGAAACCUGGGAUCUGCAGCCCGUCAGUACAGAACCUUCAGGUAGUUCCCAGGAAUGGUGCUGCAAAGAUGAGGAUGUUCCUGGCACCUUUGUGUUUGAGGAAGAGCGGACAAGAAAUGAGUGUGAAGAUGAAUGCAGACAUAGUGGCCACACACCAGAGAGUUCCUGUUCUCCCAAUUCUUCUCCAGUAUGGAAACGCAGAAGAAGAAACAAUUCUGACUCCUCUGCGGUUUCAGAGGGCAAAAACCAUUAUCUGCAGAUGUGCCACACUCUGGAAAGCCUUACUGACUCAGGACAUCAGGACGCUUUUUCAAAGUGCUCAGAGUGGGAAGCCUUUGGUGGAAAAGAUGAAGUAAUGACAGUGCAACAAAGUCUAGAAAUAGCCAGUUCUGUGCAACAUCCACACUGCUGGCAUCAAGAGCAGGAACAUAGAAGCUGCAAUGAUUCCGAUUCUCUGGUGUUGGAGGAAUAUCAAUGUUGCCAUUCAGACCAGUGGCUGGAGAGCUCUACAACAUCAGAGCAUUCUAGACUGCUUUCCAGUUGCCCCAGCUGGGAAGGUAGAACUGAAGAAGGCAAAACAAUGAGAACAUCAAAUAAAAAAAUAACAAACAACUCUGCCAAUCCAGCUGAAAGGGAAACUGAUGAGGUGGUCCUGAGGAGAAGACAAAAGCAGAUCAAUUUUGGCAAGAAUACCCUGGCAUAUGACAGAUACAUUAAAGAAGUUCCAAAGAACCAGCGACUCCCAGGGAUUCACCCCACAACUCCCAACAAGUUCAAGAAGUACAGCCGCAGGUCCUGGGACCAGCAGAUCAAGCUGUGGAAGAUAGCACUGCAUGCCUGGGAUCCUCCUGCUGAAGAAACCUGGGAUCUGCAGCCCGUCAGUACAGAACCUUCAGGUAGUUCCCAGGAAUGGUGCUGCAAAGAUGAGGAUGUUCCUGGCACCUUUGUGUUUGAGGAAGAGCGGACAAGAAAUGAGUGUGAAGAUGAAUGCAGACAGACUGCCUACACAACAGAGAGUUCCUGUUCUCCCAAUUCUUCUCCAGUAUGGAAACGCAGAAGAAGAAACAAUUCUGACUCCUCUGUGGUUUCAGAGAGCAAAACCCAUUAUCUGCAGAUGUGCCACACUCUGGAAAGCCUUACUGACUCAGGACAUCAGGACGCUUUUUCAAAGUGCUCAGAGUGGGAAGCCUUUGGUGGAAAAGAUGAAGUAAUGACAGUGCAACAAAGUCUAGAAAUAGCCAGUGACUCGAUUCCAGCCAGUUGUUCUUCAGUAUGGAACAAUCCAAAACAGAAGAAAUCCUGCUUCUUCCUGCCUGACAGCAAGACUUGCAGAGAUGCAGACUUCAGGCUGGAGAGGCUUAAACUUUGUAGCAGUUUAUUGGAUGGACAUCAGUCAGAAUACCCUGACAGAGGAUGGGAAAGUGUAAAUGCUGAAGAUACAAUACUGAGGAAAAAAAUCUAAAUACCAAGUCUCUCUUUGUAUAUAGAAGUAUUGAAGAAAGAAUUUCUCCUGUGACAGAAAAAGACUUGAAGAAUAGGGAUGUAGUCUGAGAUCAGCCGAUCAAGUCUUGGAUAACUGGUGCUGUCAUGUAGGAUCUGCACUGAAAGAGGAAGAAAUUUGCAGUCAGCAUAAGUGCAAUCAACAUAAGGUGAAAUUAUUCAGGUUUCUCCAGAUCUCUAUAAGGAUAGAUUGUUUUCUGCAAGCUGUGCCUCUAGUGUAAAACUCCAGAUUUUGUGAAGCCUGUGCUGCAAUGACAAUGGAUGUUCCUUAAAGCUUUUGUGAGGACAUUCCUGCUGUGCCUGCAAUGGCAGGUGACAUGUGCAUUAGAUUUCAAAGGCUGCUUCAGGUGAUGGAUCCUGCCAUUCCUUCUGGAGGUCUUUUUCCUCAGGGUGUGCUGAUGCUUUACCAGUGAAUUGGUCCAGUGUCAAGUCAGACUGAAAAAUGCAACCCCUCCAGCCAAGGAACCUCAUCUGCUCCACUGGACCAGAACUGGACAUCCUGCCUGAAGAACUGCUUCAAAAGAAUGUAGAUAAUUUCAGCCUUCCUCCAGUCAUUAAAGAUGAGCUGUUCAUAACUUUUGGAUUGGGUGAUCACCCAUUUGGCAUAUUUAUUGUUCUCUGAGAUGUAUUAAGGGGGCAUUUGCCUAAGCCAGGUGAGAGAAGAGAAAGGAAAGGUAGAUGGUUUAUCAAAAUCAGAUCCUUUUCUUGAAGGGGUUGAGUGACUGUUAAAACAGCAGCACAGCUUAAAUACCUGGGUUUUGCUUUUAUGUGUGUUGCAGCCUGACCCAAAGAGCCAGUCUUCAGUUAAAGAGUAGGAGAGGAUGCAUUCAGUAUCUGUUGUUCCUACAGCUAUUGGGGAUAAAUAGCAGUAUUUGCAGGUGUGGAGCUGCUCUUGUCCAGGCUAAGGGUUGUGAUGGUGUUGGGAUAGGCUCUCCUUUUUUUAUUCUGCUAGCACUGUGUGCAGAAGUUUGAAGUGAGAGCUGUGGCUACAGUGGUUUGGACUAAAUCCAUGUACCUGUUACAAGAGUUUUACAGGUCCUUGUGUAGCAUGUAUUGGAAUACCAAUGGCUGCUAGAGCUGGGAGUUGUCUCUGCAGGAGUUUGGUUUUGCUUUCCCUUGCUGUGGGAGUGGCAGUACCCAGGGUCAAGAGCCCAUUGUGCUGCUGAUUUUGAAGUGAGCUGCUUCCUCAGAAACUACUCUCACUCCCAAAAUGUAAUUUCCAGGCAUGCUCAGGCAUUUUUCCCAACACAAGGGUGUAUCAGUGACACACCACAGAGCAUUUGUGUGUACAAGGGACACAUCUGUACAGCACUUUUCUAAGAGGUAAUAUUUAGAACCUUGUUGUUCCAGUGUGCAUAUUUCCUUGUGAUUUAUGAUGAUUGUAAAUAAAGGGAAUGUGUUACAUUUUUGGCAAUUUGCCUUUAUGCAGAAGAAUUAAAGGCUUGAAUUAAAA